UGCCUGCCUCUUAUGCGAAGGGGAGGGGCGGGAGCUGUGGCUGCUGCCGCCGGGUUGCCGAGGCUGAGCCGAGCCGAGCGGCAGCACUGGGCCUUGGACACGUCGGACCGGGAACGGGCGUGGAAGAGAAGCCCGCAAAGGCGGCGGUGCCAGACCGGCAGCUCUCCUUGAGCGCUGCCCGCCUCUGAGCAAAGGAAGGCGAGGGAAGAGCCACGAGCCCAGAUCUCGGCCGCCGCCGAGACAAAGAGUGAAGCCCGCCGCCGAAGGCAGCCCAUCUCUCCUCGCCCCUCUCCUUUCCGCCACCUCUUCCUGCCCAUCCGCGCCCCUCGCUGGGCCGGAGCCCGGAGAGACAGACCGGCAGGCGGGCAGGCAGCUUGCUCAACAUAAGGAGAGUAAAAAGGUAGAGGAAGAAAUAUGGAAACACAAGGCUGUUUCCAUCUGCACUGAAAAUUAUGUGGAGAUAUACUGGUAAUUGCUUCAGAAACAGCCUUUAUUGCAAGUCAGACUAGAAACUGGGAGACGAUGUGUUCUAGUCCUGCCUUAGGCAUGAAAGCCAGGUGGAUAACUUUGGACAGUCACUCUCCCUCAGCCAAACUCAUCUCAGGGUUGUUGUUGGCGAGAAAAUACAGAAAGGAGUAUUAGAGAGACUCCAUGAAAGAUGACAGAAGAAGUUAUUGUUAUAGCGAAGUGGGAUUAUACUGCCCAACAGGACCAAGAACUUGACAUAAAAAAGAAUGAACGCCUCUGGCUGCUGGAUGAUUCCAAGACAUGGUGGAGAGUAAGAAAUGCAGCCAACAAAACAGGAUAUGUGCCAUCAAAUUAUGUGGAGAGAAAGAACAGCUUGAAGAAAGGCUCCUUGGUUAAAAAUCUGAAAGACACAUUGGGUUUGGGUAAAACAAAACGAAAGACAAGUGCUAGAGAUGCUUCACCAACUCCUAGUACUGAUGCAGAAUACCCAUCCAAUGGUAGCAGUGCUGAUAGGAUUUAUGAUCUGAACAUCCCUGCAUAUGUAAAAUUUGCCUACGUGGCAGAGAGGGAGGAUGAACUAUCUCUUGUUAAAGGAUCUCGCGUGAUUGUUAUGGAGAAAUGCAGCGAUGGCUGGUGGAGAGGGAGCUACAAUGGACAUAUUGGCUGGUUUCCUUCAAACUAUGUUGUUGAAGAAGUUGAGGAAGCAACUGCUGAUUCACCAAGUUUUCUAAGUUUGAGAAAAGGGGCAUCCAUGAGUAAUGGCCAAGCCAUGAAAAUUCUUCACAUUGUCCAGACAUUGUAUCCAUUCAGUUCUGUCACUGAAGAAGAGCUCAAUUUUGAAAAAGGUGAAACUAUGGAAGUGAUAGAGAAACCAGAAAAUGACCCAGAAUGGUGGAAAUGUAAAAAUUCUCGCGGGCAAAUUGGUCUCGUUCCGAAAAACUAUGUAGUAAUCUUAAGUGAUGGUCCUACCAUUAAUACUUCCCACCCUCCUCAGAUAAGCUACACAGGGCCUUCUUCUACAGGACGGUUUGCAGGAAAAGAGUGGUAUUAUGGGAACGUUACUCGACAUCAGGCAGAAUGUGCUCUGAAUGAAAGGGGAUCAGAAGGUGACUUCCUUGUCAGAGACAGUGAAUCUUCACCCAGUGACUUUUCAGUAUCUCUAAAGGCUUCAGGGAAGAACAAACAUUUCAAGGUGCAGCUGGUGGACAGUGUCUAUUGCAUUGGGCAGCGUCGAUUUAAUACUAUGGAUGAGUUGGUGGAACACUACAAAAAGGCUCCUAUCUUCACCAGUGAGCACGGGGAAAAGUUAUAUCUUGUCAAAGCACUCCAGUGACAUUGAAGAUGGACUAGGCCUGCUGGGGUCUUUUGUAACUUAAAAGCCUUAGGUCCUCAAUCACUUUUAUAGAGCAGGGCACUCUGCACCAGACACAACUGUCAGUGAAUGGUCUCUUUCUGAGUAUUUGCUCUGUUGGUUAUAUUCUCUGUUCCUCCUUGCUUUUCUCUACCCCCAAUUUUGCCUAUUAGUCUUUUUAAAAAUUAAAUUGUUUUGAAUCCCCUCAGGUUGAAAUUUUCACUUAGGUGCCAUUGUAAGCACUCGUUUUAUUUCCUGGGCUCUUAACUCUUCUAUGUAUGUUUAUAGAGUUAAUCCAGAUAAAGGAGGGGUGUUCUCAAGUGAGAAACAGUGUUAUCAGACGGCUCCUGAUGGCAGAAAUCAUCAUUGAGAGACUGGGCACAGUUGAAUGUGCUGAACCUGCAGCUAACUAAGUGAAAUAAUAGUAGACAUAACGGUUGUGGCUGUGAGUUCUGUAGCUGUUCUGCUUACCAAGUAAUAUAUUUCUAAAAUUCCUAGUUUCUAGAAGCACUCUUCCCAAACUCUACUACAACUGUUACAUAGCUUUUUGGCUCUUUGUGAAGAGUACACUAACUAAAAGCAUUUUGUAAUAGUUCUUCUUAAACUACUACGGUAUGAUUGUAGUAAAGAAAACUAUUUAGCAUAUUUUGACAUGUAAUUUCAACCAAGAUGUUUCAUUGAAAGUUGAUUACUUAGAGAAUCAUUGAAUUGUAAUGGUUGAAUGUUUUGGUAUCUACAACCAGAUGUGCCAUCCACAUAAUGCUUUUUCUUCUUGCCCUUCUGCUUGUUUGAAUUAAACAGUUAUGUAUUUAAUUCUUAAAGUAAUAUGUAUCUGUAGCCAAUUGACACUAAUACAGAAGUUUAAUAAACAUAGCUAAUUAUGGGUGGGUGGGGCUUCCAGCACAUACAUACAUACAUACAUAAUAUAUAUAUAUAUAUAUAUAUUUACAUAACAGAAAAAAAAUCAGGGUUUACAGAAGGUGGUGUGAUUGGUAGUAAGACACACAGAAUGUUAUAUGAAGAAAAUGCGUUUCUUUUGUGUUUCUUUUAACCUCCUUAUGGUUUUAAAUAUAGUAUUGAUGGCACAUUCCUGAAAAUAUUAAAAAAGGACCUUGUUGAUCCUGAAAACUUGCAUACCUCCCCCAUCCUACUUUUUUGAUAUUGUAAUAAAAAGGUAUCAUGUGAA